AAGAGAUAAGUCUAAGCUUUUCUGUUGGGUAUUUCUUGAUAUGAAGUUCUGUUUAUUUUUUAAUAGUUUUAUCGAUUUUUGGAUAUGAAAAUGGUAUAGCAUUCCAACUGAUCCCAAGAAAUUAGCUUAGCUGUUUCAAAUCCUUUAAGGACCCCUGCAGACAGGUGCUUAUGGUUAAAGGCUCCUGCAGUGCAGCAGUAGUAGCACUUCUGGUUCCUUUUUUGCGUGAUGAAAAAGAUGAAGCAGAGUUAGUUUCUGUGUCCUGGAAUCAGGAUUCCAGUUUUGUUUUGGACCUGAAACUGCUUCAUCAGAAUGAAACUCAAGCAAAUCCAAGAGGAUUGGUGUUGCCUUUCUCAUCACACAAAUACUUCUGUUCUGGCUUUUGCUUUCGUCUUCAUCUUGGAGAGAUUUUAGUUGAACAUUUUGGCUUUAAUAUGGUACAAACCAUGCAUGUCCAUGACGCUAGUAAUGAUGCGUGGAAUGUUAUGUGGUACCUUGACAAUUCAUUUGCUGUUUUAUUACCUAAACAUGUAGACUCUCUAGUUGCAGGUGUUCAGUGUUCUACCAAAGUGUUUCAGCUCAGAAUGGUCAUUUGCACAGUUCCAUGUAUCAGAAAUUCACACAAUUCUUGGCAGCAUUGGCAGUCACAACACAGUUGCUAUCACCAGCAUGGAUGGAAGAUGCAGCUUCGAUCCUGUGAAAGGGAGAGUAUAUCCCGCUUUCUAAAGACGGAACCAGCCGAUCUAAGUCGAAAAUUCAUGCUCCCAACACUCUUUGCAAAGCUUUCUACCUAACAAUGUCUAAGUAAAUAGAUUUGGU